CCGAUGAUCAAAGUAGUCAUCCCAAGCAAACAGUCUAGAGUGUGGUAUGGUAAACAUUUUUUUGCUUAAGUAUCAAAUAUAUCGCUAGUUAAUCAGCUUAAAGUGAAAUAAGACAGACUGCAAAAUCAAAUACAGUGUUGCAUUUAUAAAAAAAACUGGGGUAAAAUAACAAAACAAAAACUACGAUCCACAAGAACGAGCAAACGAAGUGUGCACGGGACAACUUGGCAACCCAUUUUCGGAAUAAAACAAAUCCACUUGACGGAGCAGCAUUAUAAUUUUUCGGGUUUUUUCGUGCACUUCACUUUUUGAUCGGAAGAAGACAAGCGCAGAACAACAACGAAAAAAAAAUCUGGCAUCGGCUGACAAAUGUGCAAAAAGAAGACAUCAAAUAUUUGUCGCAACAAGCAAUCCAGAGAGAAGCGUCAUUAGCAAGCAUCGCUCUUGAAGGCGUUAACAAACACACUUUGGAUGUUGACUGUUCGAUGUGGAGGUCUUGCAAUUUGGUUCAAGAAACCAUGUUGAUGAUGAUGAAGAUGAUACCAAUGAUGAACGAUAUUGCUACAAUUCACGGAGGAAAAUUAAAUUUUAUGGGAAUUCAAUAGAGAAAGAGAGAAGCGAAAGAUAGCACCAAGGAGACGAACAACGUACGAACGAAAAGUUGCGUUCACUUUUUAUGGAUAGAAUUUAUGAAGAAGAAAGAGAGAUAUCGUCGUCGUUAUUCGGUUUUAAAAAAAAUACUGCAUUCGAAAGCAGAAAAGAUUCGAAUGUGAAACAUUAAGUGUGGAAAUACAAUCUGUAUAAAAUAUGCAAAAGGAGCUCAAAAGCAGCGGCCAAAGACGAUAAAGUACGCAACCACAACGGCAACAUCAUCGAAAACAGUGAGAUUGAGCGAGAAACAAAAUUCGAAAGUUAUACGCAGCAAAAGCAAUUGCCAUAAUGAAUAAAUAAAUUCACAAACGACUCUUUUAUGAUUGGCGAUUUAGAGAAGAAUAGAAAAAAAGAAAACUGCUGGAAAAAGUUAUCGCUUCAACGUCAAUUGAGAUUAUCGUUCAAAUAAUAGCACUGCAACACGCAGAAAAUCAAGCAUCGAUUGUCUCUUUGCAUUUUUUCUCACUCUUCGUUCAUUUCAAUAUUCGAUAUUUGUGAUUUAAAACAUUUAUUCUCAAACUUGUCGUUCACAGACAAAAUGAAACGACAAAAGUUAAAAGUUUUUAAUAGUAACCAUCACAGUGGCACAAUGAAUUGUGUCAGCGUGAACAAAUUGUUCACAGUUCUGUUCAAUCGACGAGCUAUACUGGGAAUUGCAUUGUUAUCGACAUUACUGCCACUGAAUCAAGCAGCACCAACGGCAACACUGUCAAGCUAUACAAAUGGCAUCGAAAUAGAAACCACAUCACAAUCAUCGUCACCAGUAAUGCCACCAACAACAACAAAAUUCAUAUUGAAUGGAACAUUUCAAAUGGAUAAAAUAAAUGAUAAACUUGUUUCGCCUCUCGUUGACAACAGUGCUAGCAGUACUAUGGAAGCGGCAACGGCAACAACGCCAACGACGAUUGAAAAAACGCCAACAAAUGACAAAGCCGCGUCGAUUGAAUAUAAUCAUAAUGUUGCUGCAACAACUAUAAACAGUGAUUCAGUGAGGGUGACGACGACAUUUGCCGUUAGUUCAUCGAAUAAUUAUCUUGAUAAAAACAAUGAUUCCAUUUUGCCGAUAAAUAUUUUGAAAACGGAUUCACAAAGACCAGACCCAACGACUAUCGAUGAUAAAUAUAUAAAUGGUGAAAGUACCGUCGUUUUAUCAACAUCAACAACGACAACCGAAUCGUCGACGGGCCAAAAUGAAGAUCUCGUGACAACGACCACAUUCAUUCCGAAUCGAUAUAGUUCAGCAAAUGAUUUAUCAGAUUCGAUUCGCUCGGAGGGUAAUAAAAAUCCGACGCAAGAAACCAUUUUCACCACAGAGAAUUCGGUGCAGACACCAAAAUCAACAUUAUCAUCGAUUUUUCCCGAUUCGAUAACGUUGAGUUCGAAGUCAUCGACAGGCUAUGGUAGCGGUGGCAGUGAUGUUACAACACAAACAUCCAAAACAGCAUCUUCAUUAACUGAAAUUGAUGAUGAACUGUCAUUCAAUGUAAAUGUAGAAAAGCAUUUCAAUGGUCAAGAAAAUGUGCAAUCGGAAACAGGCAAUCCGUUAUCGACAGCAGCCAACAUCCAAACUAAUGACAAUGCCAAAGAUGGGACUCAUGAAAAUAGCAAAUCAUUUGAAACGGCCAUCAAUUCCGAAUUGGGUCAAAGCACGGUAACAACAAAACCAACUUCGUUGAAUAAAAGCGCAUCCACAACAGUCAGCAGCGGCAACGGCAUCGCGACGUCAAAGAAUGUUGGAAAAAUCGCCAAAGUUUUCGAUGAAGAAAAAUUGAGCAGUAAAAAAGCGAAGCAUGAUAGCAUUGGUAAUAACAAUAAAAAAUACAAUAACAAGAAUAAUAAAGACAAAUCGAAAAAGAAGGCGAACGAAGAAGGUGGCGUCAACGAUCCGAAUGGAAAACUAAACGAUAAUUUAUUGAUGGAAGCGAUUUCAUCUACGCAAGAGCCACCACCACCAUCACCGCCAGAACCAAUGGCAUCUUCAUUUGCAACGGAUGUGCGCUCAGCUGUUUUUCAGCAAACGACCACCAUUAGUUCAAUAGAAUCUCAUUCCAAUGAUGGCCAUACUUUCGUUGAUAAAGUGCCGAAUUCAAAAGCAUUUAAUGAAAUUCGCACCGAAUCCGUGAUUAAUGCCGAUGUGACAAAUUUCACACCGACCACCAUUGUUGCAACCGAUACUCACAUUUCAUCCACGUUAAAUGUUCAGGAUGUCGUUUCCAGUACGACAACAAUCACACCGACGACCACAAGCGAAACUUCGACAAAAACUGAAUUCGUGCAAGUCGAAAGCACCGUUCAAAAACAUGAUACUGUUGAUCAAACAAUAACAUCAACUACAUUCAAACCAGAAACACCACAAACAAAAGAACCAAUAAGCGAUGCCACUUUGUUGAACGAAAAACCAAUGACAACCGAAAAAACGACUACAGUUGCCACAGUUGAGGUGACCACCGAACACAAUGACAACAAUUCAUACAAACAUUCAAACGUAAACGUCGACGGCAUGGAAAUGAAUAAAACUGAUAAUCAAUUUGAGGAAAAUAAUAGAAAAACCAGCCAAAAACCAAAAAUCGGUUCGCCCAGCAUUUUGGAUUAUGAUAAAUCGAGUGAAGAAAUUUUUGAUAUAGUUCGAGAAACUUCAACACCAAAAACAUCGGAAACAUCGUUCAUAUUGGCAGAAAAACCACGAUCACACAAUACUGCAUCAAAUAAUGAUGAGUUUUUCUUGCCAGCUGAUGAUUUGGAUACGGAUUCUUCGGUUCGUUCGACAUUCGCAUCAUCGUCGGCCAUUACAACAUCCGCAACAACAACAACCAUUCAAAGUACAAUUCCAAUAAAUACGGAAUCGGCCAUUGUGCGACCGAACACAGAUGGUUUGGGCCCAACAAUUACAAUGCCAAUACCAAUUGUAACGUCAGACACAAAGCAACAAACAACCGAUAUAAAUAAGGCUUCAACCAUAUCACGUGACUCGGAUACGAUUUUCUAUAUAUCAAAUACAGAAGUAAAAGUAGUUGAAUCAUCGGUGCCCACCCCAAACUCAAAGCAAGAGAAUCAGUUUUUUCCUGCCCUAUUUGAAGAAGAUGUUAUUAUCGAUUUUCCUGGUAAAAAUUCUACUGGCUGGAAUAGUGGGCUAGAUGGUCCGGGCGACAAAUAUGAAGAGGAUAUUAUUUUAUCGCCCAUGAAAAGUAAUUUCGAUCCGACAAAAUUGAAUGAUGAAAAUCUAAGUAUUAGCUAUGUUGGCGAAUCGUUUAUUGAUAUCAAAGAGGCGACAAGUGAUGAUACAAAUGUUGGCAGCGAUUCAAAUGCUCAAAGUAAUGAUAUUUCAUCGGAAAGUAAGGAAAAUGGUCGGUCGUUUGGUGAGAAUGGAAUUUCAUCAAAUGUGAUUAUUGAACCGGUUAUAAUCCCGGACAUACAACAACCAAUCGGUGUGCCAAUCAUCGCUGAGCUGCCGUCACAAAUCAACAUUCGCGAUUUGGAUUACAAAAACGACGGAAACAUUCAGUUGAAUAAUAGUGGUAAUAGUAUUUCAUCACAAUUUCUAACGCAUCACGGUGAUAAUUUGCAAAAAGCCCAUGAGCUUACGGCUGAACUACCAAAAACCGAUUCCGAAGAAGCCACCGCUCUAAUCGAUGACGACAAACUUGAUUUGGCCAAAAAUGAAACACAGAAAACAAAUACCACCAGCGCUGCCGAAGCAAUAACCAACGUGACUGCAUUCACUAUAUUGGACGACGAUCCAGAAACGAACUGGAAUGAUAUUCAGACCAUAAUUAUGAUCGCUGUAUUGACUAUUGUUCCGGCGAUUGCAUGUUUGAUUCUCAUCUGCGCAAUUCGGAAAGUGUACCGGAAAGCAAUUAGUUUGCGCGAUGGCAAUUCAAGCGGAACAAAUGGAAAUGUACUACUUCGCGAUGACAGUACUGGUCCAUUGGCUAUGAAUUCACACACCAUUUCAGCAGACGAGUGUCCUAUCUUUUUCUCUGACUCUAUUCAAUGGCUGUUUUCCGAGCUGAAAUCAGUGGACUGUGAAGCGAACAGUAUCAAUCACAGCAAUGACAAUUUAAUAUCAAAUGCCGAAAUCACGUCGAUACAGUGCGAUGAAGUGGCCGGUGGCGGACAAAAUCACCAUUCGGGCGCAAAUGGAUCGCUGAUUACGAUGACAAUGAAAAAUAAUCAUUUAAUUGUGGAAACCGAGGAACGUAGCGAUAUUGCACGGGAUGUUCGUGAAACAAAAGUGCAUUACUCACCGUCAGAGAAGGAUGGUGUGUUUGUUGUUGAAGUAGCUCGCGGUGCUGAUAGUAAUACUACACCAAUCAUGGUAAAUGUAGCAGCGGCAGCUGCAGCUAGUGGUGGAGGUGAAUCGGGAAAAAUGACGGUCGAACAAAUGACCGUAUCGCCGAGACAAACACAAGCAACGAUUGUGGAGGUGCCCGAAGAGCAACCAAAGUGUAUGGACUAUGCAUCGUCGAAUAAUGGAAACGUGUCUUUCACACAAAGUAAUGAAAAAGUAUUGGUUCAUCCACCGCCGAAUGGUAUGUGCAUGGAGGAGGAUGUCCUAAUGAUUGACGAAGAUGGAGCCGUUUCAAUGUCAUCGCCAAAACAUAACGGACACGAUGAAAUCGAAGCUGAAACAAGUACCGCUGCUGGCGGCAAUGAUGUUUUUGUUGGCGUUGGUAACAUAAACACCGGUUUGUCACAAUCCGAUUUGAGCAUUUCAUCAUCGGACGGUUCAAAUCGCGCAUAUUGUUAUGGCACACAAGAAACUUAUACUGUCGAAUCAACAUCACCGCAUCGAAACGGCAACAGUAUAAUGUCAAUUGAGCCGAAUGUUACGACACCUGAACCAAUUACAGUAAUUAGUGAUACCGAGCACGAAAACCAAAUUAACAAAAAUGGAUCAGUGGCUGACACAUUGUAUGCAACACUUGAACCCGUAUCAAUUGACAUCGCAAAUGAGAAUCAAAUCUCCGUCACAGACAAUGGCAUCAUCUUAUCAAAAGCUCUUAAAACAACCGCCGAAACUGAAAAUGAAAAUGGAAAUGACACUUCGCCACAGCAUCAACAACGGUAUCAACACGACACUGAAUAUAUUCCGAAACAAAAUGGCAUCAAAACCAAUGGAAAUGGUGUUGUGAACGGUGGUGGUGUUGAUCUUAAAAAUGGCAUCAAUGGCAACGGUGAACAUUUAACAAAUGAUUCAAAUGAUUUCGAUAGUUUGGUGAACUUUCCAGCACCGCCAACAUGCGACGAAAUCAAUGAUAUUACCCAGUUAGAUAAUGGUAAUAUGGAUUCACUACCACCUCCACCGCCUGAAAUACAACAAAUUCCAACAGCUGGACCGAUUAACGUUGAAAGUUAAUGUGGAAACACGUUCCAAUCGAAUUAGCGCAACACAAUUCACCAGCACAUACACACUCUCUCAUUCAUUCAUUUCACUCACUUAAGUUAUCUGCUUACUUGCAACACACAUCCGCACAGCAAAAACUCUUUAAUGAUGUCACUUAACCUCUGUUUAUGACCCAACUACUCAUCUGCAAACGAUGCACGAGCCACAGAGAAUGAGAUGUUGGCAGCACUUGCAGUUUUGCCACCACCAUUUUAAGCGUUUUCAGUUUAACAAGUGAGAGAAAGACAAUUUUUGAGACUCGGGGAAAAGUUUAUGUUUGAAAACAAUCGUGGCCAAAAAUGUUGCCAAAAAAAUAAAAAAAAUAAACAAAUCGUAAAAAAAGCUAUGAAAAAAAUAUUAUUUGUUAUGGGAUUUAUUUUAUUUUAGAUCUUUUUUUGUCGUCAUUUGUUGGUUGUCGACGAGUAGAAUAUAAACGGCAACAAUAACAUAACGAAAUGAAGAUUUUAAUGGAUUUGUGGUUUUUACCGCAAGAAAAAAAACAACAAAUAAACUAGUUUUUAUUGAAGAAUUAUAGACAAAAUGAUUACAAAGUAUUAUAUAUUAUUGUGAUCUCUUUAUAUAAACGUUUUAAUACAUACACACAGACAAUUAGCUGUAGGAUUUUUAACAAAAAAAAAUUAUAUAAAAGCGAUAUGGCUUGUCAAUGCAAAAGGGAGGCUUUACAUGGAUUUGCCAUCAUGUCAAUUGUCCGUAUAGUCAUCGAUGUCGUUUCGUCGAUUUGAGCGAAAUGGAUUUUGUUUUUUCGGGUUUUUUUUGUCGAUGGCCAGUAGUAAAUUCACACACAACAGAAAAUCCAUAUUGAAUAAAGCAUGGAUUGUUCGAUACACGAACAAUAAAAAAAAUGUACACGGUUAUUUAUACUAUUACCACUAAAAAAUAAAAUAUAUGUCAAUGUUGUGUUUAAACUAAAAACUAAAAUAUAAAAUGAAUUAGCAAUUGAAUGCAUACAAAAGAAACCUAGUUAAAAUGUAAGUGAAAAUGAAUUACGAAAGAUGGAGUAUAAGUUGUUUAUAACAAAGAAAAUGCUCGACGAUCCGAGCCGAUAAUUUUAAAGAGACACUGCGAUGAGAGUGUUGUACACGUGAAAUUAAUAAAAAAAAUCACGUACCACUCACCAUACUUUGUCUCAUUUUAGCAUUUAAGGUAUUUAGAUUUACAAAUUGCAUAACACAUACAACAUGAAUGGCUCAAUGGUCCAACCAAACAGAAAAAAAACUAUAAAACUAUAGAUGUUUAAACAUGAUAACAAUUAAUAAUUUAAUUCCAAACAAAUUAGUAAACAUUAUACAAACUAUACGCAAAAAUCUCCAAUUUCCCACAAAUUUUAUGUUUGCUCUCUUUUGUAUUUGUGUGAUUGUGCGCGAUGGCACACACACACACAAUUCACAAAAUCAAUUAAAAUAAAUCCAUUGAAAAUUCGAUGCAUUGGGAGUCACUAAUGAUAUGAACACAAAAAAAUAAAUAAAUAUAUAUAUUUAGAGAGCUGUAGAUGAUUAGCCGUUGCAUAGGCGCUGAAAGGCGCGCUUUGUUUUGUUCAUAGGUCAUAUAAUCAGCGAAACUAUUGAAUACGCAAAAAUUGUAUCUCUCUUUUUCUGGUUUGGUGUUGGGAUGGCAAUGGUGAUAUGAAAACAUUUCCACACUAACCGCAUCCCACAUUAAUCCAACACCGCGCCCUUCCUGCGCAAAAAUCGAAACAAAAAUAACCAAAAUGCAUACAAAAGAGAUUAAUAUGAAAUGGAUGUGUUUGGUUGUCAAUACAAAAGCAAACGAUAUUGAAAACAAUGUUUACCCAAAAAAGCUGGAGACAAAUGAUCCACAGUUAAGCCCGUCUGGCCGAUUUUAUCAGCUAUAAUUAUGUGCUGCGCGUAUUUAAUGAGUUUCGUAUAAAAUAUAUAAUUUUUAGCGUAUAAAGAUAAAGAGCGUCGCACACUUUUGAUCAAUGAAAAUUGAUUAAAGUAAAUAUGUAAUUUAGAAAACCAGAAUAAUAAUAAAUGAAAAGCAACAACAAACAGAACCCAAAAUCAUGAAAAACCGUCGUCGAUGUUAUUACAAAAUAUUACUAACAUUUAUAGUCAUACACAUAGCUGAAACAAAAACAAAAAGUAUCGGACUAAAAUUGCGCCGAAUAUAUGUGUAGUUAUCAGGAAUAUGCAUCGUACGCAGUGACCACACACAUGAAUAAAACAUUUUGGACACUAUGUACGAUUUUAAGCCUGAACUUUAUUACAAAUAAAUAAGUAAUUAAAUAAUUUUAAUGACUGGAUAUUUAUGGGCACUGACAUAGGCAUUUCAUUCGAUGUACGAUGAUAAUGGUGUACGGAAUGAGAGAGACAGAGAGAGAUCAAGUAUGUGUGUGAGUGUGAAUUUUACGAUGUUAACAUCCUUGUCAAUAUAAUUGUUUUACGCGUCACGCGUGAGCGUGCAGUUUUGCUUUAUAUUUUAGUUAUUGCUCCCGAUUGCAUGAAAUUUGCUUUCGGCUGAUAAAGGACCCCAUUCCAUUUUGAUCCAAAAUUGUUCAUUCAAUCCACUUAGCAGCAGUAUGCCGUUUCGUACCGUUUUUCAUUUUGGUACAACUUUACAUGUGUGUACAUUUUAGCUGUGUUAGUUACUUUCAACACGCAUCGAAAACCAUUCAUUCGCGAUAACAUUCAAAAUGUCUUAAUGUAUCGAAGAGGAAGAGCAUCGUUGACAUUAAAUCGAUUUCAAACUGCGAUAAAUGCUAAAUUACUCUUUGAUUUGUCGCUCGCGCGCACACACACACACCGAUCAUAACCACCAACAUCAAAAAAAUCAAUGGCCAAAACCAUUAAAUCUCUCAUUCCACACAAUUAUUGUACGCACAUUGAAUGGUACUGUGGGUGCUUUUUAAGCUCGUCAAAACUCGUGAGAAACAGAUUAUUUUUAGCCCUAAGAUUGUAGAUAAGAUUCUUAUUUAUUUUUCAUGCUUUUCACACAUUUUAUAUAGGAAAAAUCGCGCAAUUUGUAUUUGUACUAACAUUUCCGGAACCACAAAAAAUGCAAAACAAUUGAUUCCAUUUCAUUUGAUCACUCAUUAGAUUUACUAGCUAACUAAUAUGAUUAUUCGACGUACACAAAUUUAUAAUCGAAAAAAAUGUAGAAAAAAAUCGCAAAAUUUUGUUUUCAUUUUUUUUGUUUUUCAUCGCUUUUAACAGGACAUUUGGAAAGAAAACACCUUUUUUUACAAUCAUUUUCUUUUCGCCGUUUUAUUCGCUAAAUUAGUAUUCGAUGAAUAGAAUCCAAACCAGUAGGUAAACGUAUGCACAACCGUAUCGCUAUUGUCAUAUGAAAAUAAAACUAUAUACCAUAUUUAAAACAUACAAACUACUCCAAGCUCCAAUGUAGAUUUUUUAAUUUCCUUUCUUGUGUUACCAUCUUGACGGUGUCAAGUUUUACCACAUGAUUAUUUUUAAGAAAUGAAAUGAAACGAGCGAAAAAUCGAAUAUCGAUCAAAGUUCGUGGUCAAUCGUUGGUUUUCGAUUUGGAUGCACAAAAGAGUAUGCAAUUUGCAUAUCUCAAUCCUUAUUUUGAAAUGAUGAGAAUUUAACUUAUUCGAAAGUUGUAUAAGUGUAAGUGUAACUAUAAUGGAACAAUAUAAACGAAAUUUACUUAAAAUAUUCGAAAUAAUUAACAAAAGAUGAAAAGAAAUUGUUUAAUGAAUGACGAGAAAAAGAGGAAAAAUUUAUAGAAAAUGUCGUUUCGUUAAAAUAAAAUAAGAUGUAAGAAAAUAUAAUGCACAGAUUUCUCCCGAUCCGGUGCAAUGUUGCAGGCAUUUUGAUGCGGACUUAUUACGUUGUAAUUUGCAAAUAUGAUAGUGGAUUGAACAUCUAAAUUCCCUAAUGACAAAAUAAACAGCAUCACCACAAUUUAUUCAAUGUAUUUAUGUAACUGUAUUGCACAAAAUUGCAAAUGGAAAAACAACAAAAAGACCAAAUGGAUUCAGCUUCCUCAUUUUCCGCAUAUAUUUGGACCGUAAAUGCAAAUAAUUACCAAAUAACAAUAGCAUUUUUCUCAAUAAAACCGUAAAUUUCACCCACCAUUAUGACAACUACAACACACUCAGUCACACACACACACACACACAUUUAUGAAAAAUAUCCCAUAACUUAAAUAUUAAAACUACAAUUUUAUAAAUGAAUGUUUAAUAAAGGCUAUGGAAAAUCUAGAAAUUUUCACACAAAACACACAUUUAAGCUCAUUAUUAAUAAUAAUGAUGAUGGAAGUCCAUUGUAU